CGUGGAACGAUGUUUUGAAAUUUAAACCAAAGGCCAUAUACGCUAUCUCUGUCACCAUUUUCUGUCUCUUCCAUCUCUCUCCGCGCUCCUCCCAUGGCGGCGGUGCAGAUGGAAGAGCUAACCUCCGGCGCGAGCGGUCGCAUCAUACCGGUGUUCAAGGACCUCCGCCGCUCCGUACUCUCCUACGACUCCCUACGCCGUUCUCUCAUAUUCAUCCGAUCAAUCUUCCUCUGGUUCUUCCUCCUCCUCCCCCGCAAUCGCCUCUCCUCCUCCUGCUCUCCGCCGUCUUCCGCCGCCUCUCCGGCUUCUUCAUCGGUGAAGCGGAGGUUUGCGAUCAGGAGAGAGGAGGAUGACACUCUGAGACGGCGAGCCCUCGCCGAGGGUUUGUCGAUGGUGGCUGAAACUGACGACCGGACUAGCCCUUGCCAAUGGAGUACGUCUCUGUUCUUCGGAGUGAGGCGCAACGCAUUGUUUGUCCGCUCUUGGUUUCCGGUCUCCGGUGAAUUGAAGGGUAUCAUGGUCGUUAUACAUGGGCUUAAUGAACACAGUGGACGAUAUGCUGAUUUUGCAAGGCAACUAAAUUCAUGCAACUUUGGCGUGUAUGCAAUGGACUGGAUAGGUCAUGGUGGGAGUGAUGGAUUACAUGGAUAUGUGCCAUCACUUGAUCAUGUUGUGGCAGACACUGGGGCUUUCCUGGAGAAGAUCAAAUUGGAAAACCCAGGGAUGCCAUGCUUUCUCUUUGGUCACUCAACUGGAGGGGCUAUUGUUUUGAAGGCAGCAUCAUAUCCACACAUUGAACAAAUGCUGGAAGGGAUUAUACUGACAUCACCAGCUUUGCGUGUCAAGCCAGCACAUCCAAUAGUUGGUGCCGUGGCUCCUUUAUUUUCACUAGUGGUUCCAAGGUACCAGUUCAAAGGUGCCAACAAAAGGGGCAUUCCAGUUUCGAGGGACCCCGCUGCACUCUUAGCCAAGUACUCGGAUCCAUUAGUCUACACUGGACCCAUGAGGGUCCGAACUGGCCACGAGAUUCUGCGCAUCUCCUCGUAUUUGCUGCGGAAUUUCAAGUCCGUGACGAUCCCAUUCUUCGUCCUCCAUGGAACUGCAGAUAAAGUAACUGAUCCACUAGCCUCGCAGGAUUUGUAUGAGGAGGCAGCCUCUGAGUUCAAGGACAUAAAGCUCUACGAAGGCUUCUUGCAUGACCUUCUCUUUGAGCCUGAACGUGAGGAAGUCGCACAGGAUAUCAUUGAUUGGAUGGAGAAGAGAUUGAGUGCAGCCAAUCUUGAAAAUGCUAAUAGUCACUGGUGAAUUAUAUUUCAACAGAAAUAGCACAAUAUAAUGAUUAUAUAUAUAUAUACUGGGUUUUUCAAGGGAUGGAUCAGGUAGAUGAUUUGUUUCUUGAAUUUAAAUUAACCCGACCUUUUGAACAGGAAAGCAUGUAUCAUGUGACCUGGGGGGUAUUGCCAUAAAUGGAACUUGUAUUUGAUGUAUUACAAACAAAUAGAUGUAGCAAGUUUCUGAAAAUGUGCAAAAUGUUGUUUUCUUUUGUGUUAA